CACUAUCACAGGUCGUCUCAAGGAAGCCCAGCAGACUCCUCGCAGGCUGUCUGGCUGGUUACUGCCGCUGUUCCCGGGGAUUGCCAGCUGGAGAGAGUGUGACUGUCUACAGAUAUUAGUUAAAUAGACAGACCAGCGGGAGUGAGGAGAGCAGUGAGAGGAGCGGUGGCAGUGACAUCUGAGUGGCGGCGGUGGUAGUGGUGUAAGCGAGCUAAACAAAGUGUUGGCGUCGCUGAUCAAUACGAGGCCGAGUCAUGGAGGUGAACAUGCCCCCGUCUGCCCUCACACUCAAGGGAAUAUUCUUGGCCCACCUCGUUCUCAUAGUCUGGAGUCAGUACAGCACCUGCUUCACAGGCGGUGCCACGGUGUACAAUGGUGCAUUUCUCUUCCUGGUACUGUGGAGCAUCCUGCACCGGGACAGUGAGGAGGCGCCCCUCAUGGCUCUCUUGCUGAAUUUGCUAUCCAUAUUUUUGGACAUCCUCACCAUGGUCCUGCAUUGGCCACACAUCACCACAAGUCUGAUGCGCUUUGGUCUGGUGAUGGCAAUACUAAACCUGGUCCUACGACCCAUCACCAGUCUCAUGCUGCAGCGUAUUCUGCAGGAACGCUCAGGAUCCUACGGAACAUAUGGGCCAUCAGGACUUGACAGGAUCUUUGGAGGUACGCGGCGAAGUCCAUACGAAGACAUUGACCAUCCAUCACAGAACAAUGCUGGGCCAGGUCUGGAGCAGGAGCACCGGCCACCCUCCCCUCCCAGUGAGAGUCUUUUCACCACCUAGAGAGGCAGAAGCGAGGGCACCAUGACUACAGGUCAGGGCAAAAAUUUAGCUUCACAUGGUCAAAUAGAAGCAAGUAUCAGCAGUAAGAUAAGUGUGUUGACCAACUUUCUCAGACUGCAGUGCAAGGUCUGAGGGGAAAAAUUUGGUGUCCUAUGUUACUAACUCUUGAGUCUCUUUUUACUUCCUUUUCUUUUCUUUUUUUUUUGUGUGUGUGUGUGUGUGUGUGUGUGUGUGUGUGUGUGUGUGUGUGUGUGUGUGUGUGUGUGUGUGUGAGAAAUUAUGAAGUUAUAGCAUUCACAGCUUUGGCUUAAAUUUUUUUCUUUAUUGUUUGAGAUGAGGAAGGUGUGGAACAAUUGGUCAUUCUUGUUUAUUUAGCUUUGUGUUUACCAAGGCAGUGGCUGAGUUGUUAUGUAUGUAUUGCUGCAAUUCAGAUCAAAGAUAGUUUGACGUCAAAAUUUGCAUGGCUAAGCCUAUUUGUAUUAUAUCUCCAUUAUAUCAAGAAUGUUCUAUUAAGGGUGCCCAUGAUAGAUGGAGUUAUAAAGUGAUGCAUUAUUAUAAAAACACAAAGUGUGAGAGUGAAGGCUUCAGUAACCCUCCACUGUCUACAUUUCUUAUAUUUAAAAAAAAAUGCUGGCAACCUUUUGAAAACUUUGCCUCAAUAAUGUUGAAUUUUGGGGAUGCUUUAGUGUUACUGCAAAUGUUUUAUUUCACCAUGUAUAUCCAAAGGAUACUUGUGACUAGGUGAGAGGCAAUAUUGACUUCACCAAUGUUGUGACUAGGUGAGAGGCAAUAUUGACUUCACCAAUGUUGAGAGUCUGGUGUUAGAAGAUAACAGAAUUAAAAAUAUUGUAUUGAUGAAAAUUUUAAUUUAUGUGGGUAAAAAUAACUUCAUUGUAGCUUUGUCUAUAUAGGUACUGAAAAAGAUAAUGAGGAAAAUAUGAAAAGGAAAGUUCAGUGUACUACUUAAAGAGAGUCUCCAGAUCUUUCUUACUAUAUUGUUCAUCCACUCUUUGUACAGCAUAAUGCUAUGAUAUUUUAUCAGAGAAGUUUCUUUUGUUAUAAAGUAACAAGCACAGAUAACAGUAUAAUGCAAGGUUUGUCUGCACUGAAGUCUUAGGUUAGAAUAUAAAGUGUACAGAAUAAGAUUGACAAGUGUUCAGUGAAAUCUUUAAACUUAGUCUUGUAGAAAUUUGGCUAUUUUUCUGCAUUCACUGAGUACCACAAGAUCAUCCUGUGCAGCCAUUAACCCCCAUCUUGAUUACAACUGCACUGGGAAUGUUGGGGUUGCUAGCAUGAACUUCUGCUGCCACUACUUAAAAGUAAACUCUCAUCUCUGUCACCAUGGGAGGAACUGAUCAUCCAGGCAUUCAAGAAAUAAAUCUACAGACCAGUCAUGCAAGCCUCCAGAGAAAAAGUUCACGGGCCAUAUAGACUUAAGAUGUAAAAAAGGGUAAUGGUUAAAAAUUAAGAAGUGCAGCUUAAAAGGCAUUGUGGUACUUCAAGGGCAUUCUUUGUUUGGUUUUGAGUUGUGCCUAUCCUUCACAAUGAGCACAUGACUGGAGAAAAUGUAGAUUUGCACUUGUCGAGCAAAAUGUUUAUUUAACAUUCCUUUUGUUUGGCUUAUGCCAGUUGAGGCUUGGACGUGUGUUUUAACAUAUAUGUAGUUGUGAUGUGCAGGGAAAGUGUAAUAUUUGUACUGUGUGUGUGUGUGUGUGUGUGUGUGUGUGUGUGUGUGUGUGUGUGUGUGUGUGUGUGUGUGUGUCAUGAUAUUGCUAGAAAGCAUUAGAUAUUGAGGAGAUGCAGCUAUGGAAUGGAUGCUUUGGGUAUGUAAUGUAGUGUGGAACUAGGAUAGAGUGCCACAAGAUUUUAAGAGCCAUCAUUUUGUUGUUUCAUAAAAGAAAAUGAAGCAAGAAUGACCAAGACAGGUACAUAUAGUAAGAGGAGCUUGCUCAAUGUGUCCAGUAAAGUUCAUUAGAAUAUUUUGAACAAGAGGUUAAAGAAAACAAAAAUAAAUGUAGGUGUGGAACACUAGACACUUUCAAUAACAAAGAAUGUGUGGAUAAGAUUUUUGCAAUGAAAGCUGUUGUUCAAAAGUAUAUAGAGAAAGAAAGCUGCUAUUCCUCUUAAGUGUGUGAUGGGACUGACAGACACUGCAGGAUCACAUUAUUGGAUUUAUGCAGUGGUUCUCAACCAGGGGAUGUGUGAGCACAGGAUGGGAGGGAAAAAAUAAUGGAAAACUACAGACUCACUGGCUAUUAGUACAAAGGAGCUGCAGCUGUUAUGCCCUUCCUCUAUCUAUCUAUCUAUCUGACUAUCUAUUUGUCUAUGGUGGCAUAGUUGGGGAGGGGCUUGAGUGGGUGGCACAGGGAGGAGGGGGGCCCCCAGCUGCAUUGAACCAGCUUUGGGAGUGGCCCAACUUGCAAAAGGUUGAGAACUCCUGCAUUUAUGGAGCAAGUUUGAGGGAAUUAAGAGCACUACCAUAUCGUUUCAUAUUAACAGGCAACGAGAGAAAAUUUUAGGAUUCAUGUAAAGUGAGACAGCUAUGUGACAUCACCAUUGUUGUUCAGUAGGGGGAUGGAUGGGAGAUGAAAGCAAGAGUAGGAGAUAUGGGUGGUAAACUGAGGCUAAGUGUUGUGCAGCACUCUUUAAUAGCAGACCUGUGCAUGGAAGAUAGUGGCACAGACAGAGAAUAUAAUGCUAAAAUAAGUGGUGUAUGUUUUCCUUGAAUUGUACACAAGAAGAAAAUUGAAUGUAAAUGUUUGUAAGAGCAAGGUGAUGGUUUAUGAGCAGGUGAUGAGGUGGAUGACUCUGAGCCCUCAUAGAGUAAAGAUGAGCCAUCAAGAUAGGAUGGAUAGAGUAGGAUGGGUGUACAUGAUGGUUCUGGCAUGGCUGAAGCAGCAUAUUAUGGAGCAGUUGAAUGGGCAAAGCAUGCACGUUUGGGUAGUUUGGAUACAUUAUCAGUGUUUUUUUUUUUUUUUUUUUUUUUUUUUUGAGGAAUGUUCCUGAGUGAAAUUGAAGGGCAAAAUCUGAGAAUGAGGCUGUGUAAGCUGUGUGUUGAUGUACACAGCUGUGUACAGCUGUGUGUUGAUUUGUACUGAAUAGAAAUUUAAUGUUGGGCUUCUUGAUGAUGACUGAAAUACUGUAACUACUUGUAUCUUAUGUUAUCACAACAAACUUGAAGCAUAAAAAAUUUACCUUUUUAUUUUCAAGGUGUAGUGCUUAUGUGUUUGUAUUUUUCUGUUCUUUAUUUUAUUUUUUUAUUAUUUUAUUUUUUUAAAUGUUAGACAUCUGUGGUUGUGUGUGUGUGUGUGUGUGUUGAUUUGUUUGUGGGUAGAUGGGUGGGGUGUGUUUGUUUGUGCAUAAUAGGUUUUCUGAGAUGAGUUGCUAUUUCCAUUUGUUCAUACAAUAUAAAUAUAUAUAUAUAUAUAUAUAUAUAUAUAUAUAUAUAUAUAUAUAUAUAUAUAUAUAUAUAUAUAUAUAUAUAUAUAUAUAUAUAUAUAUAAACACACACACACACACACACACACCUAUAUACAUAAAAACAAUUUUUUACACUAAUCUAAAAUCCAUUUAGUGUUAUGUGUGUACUGAGGAGCUUUGCCAUGUUACUCCUCCCCACUCACCUGGCUCCCACCAGCCUCUCCUUCAGGCAGGAUGUGCUUGGUGUGCUGUACAGCUUGGGUUUGUGGUAUAUCACAUGGCUAUCCACUCAUUAUAUAACCACCAUUAGCUGUUCACCUCGUGUGAUGUUUCAUUGCCAAUAGUCACUUACCAGCUUCACAGCAGUCGCAUUCAGGCAUUCAUUCUGUCAUGUAAGUCACUGCAGUGGUGGCUGUGAGGCAGGGGACACAGGGCUCUUUUCUAAGGCUGAGUGAUGUACUGCAAUUACAAGGAAAGAACUGGUGCAGCUUCCUCACAGCUGAAUUCUUGUCAUCUGUUUGAAGUGCCUAAGGCCCUGAGGCAGUGCCAAAAGUAGUGCUCUGCAGUGGUGGGCUGCAUUGUAGCAUAAGGCAAGUUUAUCUUGCUUGGCUCUCCACAGCGUAGGUAUGGAGGAUAUUUGCAGGGAUUAAUAUGAGUUAUUGUUGUUAAGCAAACUGCUGGUUCUGUAGUUCUCUUAGUUAAAGUUGCAGCUAUUAUUUCUUACCUGAACAAAACCAUUGUUUUAAUGUCAUACCAGCACAUGCACAGGGAUAUGAAUAGUUUUAGCUGAUUACAGAAUUUCCUUAUUUUUACAGAAGUGGAGGUGGUCUAGAUACUAAUCUUAUAUACAAAGUACUGUCUGCCAAUGCUCAUUCAAACAGGAUUAAUGACUUAACAAGAUUAACUUUUGAUGAGCUUGAAGCACACUACAGUCUGACCAUUUUAUCCUGAGGAUUUGGGUAGUGAUAACAACAUUAUUUUUUGCAAACACCAGUGUUUCUGCUGGGCAUUGUUAUGUCUUAAUGAGUGACUCAAUCAGGUCACACUGUCAAUGACCAUGUCAACCAUUGGUCACUUCUUGUGCUGUGCCCAAAGAGAAAAAGGAGAGAGAGAACAGACAGACAGACAGCCAGGCUGACAGGCAGACAGUCAGUAUUUUCUCUAGUUCUGAUAAUUCACAGACAAGUAUAGAUCUCUUCAAAAGAAAUAAAUUUGCAUGAAAUGUAGGUUCUUUAUGCAAAGAGAGAGAGAGAGAGAGAGAGAGAGAGAGAGAGAGAGAGAGAGAGGUGGUGUUGUGUGGGGAAUGAGGUUAUCAUUGAAACUUUGGCUCUAAUCUGAUAGUUUGCCUGGUACAAAGUUUGGCAGUGCCGCAGGCUGAGAAAUCCAUGGAAAAGACAAUUCCUAAAUGCCCAGGAUAAAAUGGUCAGACACUAGUAUGGUAAAAUUAGGUCUUAUUUAUGAAGAGAACUAUAACACUUGUGUGAAAAUUUAUAAAAUUUAUUAAAUGAGAAUUUCUGAUGUUCUGAAUACAGCUCUUUGGAGUAAAGUUAUAUGGCUUGUAGGUAUAUUUAUGGCUAUGAAUGGUAGAUUAAUAUACUGUAUGUCAAAUAAUUUAAUGUCUGAACAGGAUCAGUCUUGUCAAUAGUUAGCAACUCUCCUUUCACUGUCAGACAAAAAAAAAAAAGUCCCCUUUGUUUCCAUCAUGUCAUGUUUCCUGGAGAGUCACUGUUGGUGUAGUGGUGGCUGCAUUCCAUCAGGUCAGAAGAUAGUGAGGAUCACAGCUUAUGUGUUCAUUAUUAUUAUAACUUUAUUAUUUUCAUGUAUUAAAAACUUGUUUAUUAUGUGACAUAGUGAGGAUCAAAGCUUAUAUGUUCCUUAUUAUUAUAACUGUUAUUUUCAUGCACUGAAAACUUGUUUCUUAUGUGCUUGUAAUUUUCUAUUUUAUGCUCCAAUUUAACAGGUAAAAGAAUAAGCAAUAUCAAGUAUAUUACUUCAGAGACUGAUAGUUCAGAAUAUUGAAUGUUCUCAAUAAACUCUUUUACUUGUGAAUGAUGAAUCUUGAUCUGUUAUUCUGUAAUAAUAUGUACUAUUUUUGUAUUUCAUUGUAAUAUCUUAAGAUGAAUAAUUUUAAGUUGCUAUGUAUACUGAUCUCAAAAUUACUGUUAGCUGCACUUGGAAAGCCAUGAGUGAGGGUGAGGCACUCUCUGCUUGAAAUGUGUGUGGACAGUGCCAGGUUGCACCUGUGGCCCACUUGCUCCUCACAUUGUGGACAGCAGACAUACAUUCAUUGCUUCAAUCUAAAAAAGAUACUUUGCCAUAUGAUGCAAGAAAUAUUUUACUACAUAACUGAAAUUUUGUGUGAGGAAUGCAUCAUACAUAUAACUACCCAAGGGCUUGAUGAGCACUUUUGUGGGGACCUGUAGCAGCCAGCUUCUCUCUGCCUGUGUACUCAGAAGCAUGGGAAACUUAUUCCUGUUGUAUUUCGACAUGACCACUAAAAACAUUAGAUAUCAUAAGGUCUGUUUUUUCUGUGGUGUCUUUCUGUCAUAAAGUCUGCACAAUUUUAAACUUCAAAAUUACCGCCAAUAGGAAGCCGAAGAGGAUGAAGGAAUCUUGUUAUAAUUGAGAUCCCCAGUGCAGUGUUUUGGCUUCAAGGAACCACUCCCUUCCCUUGGAUGAGUCACACCUGGAGAGGAAGUUUGACUUUGUGAGGCUGUUUAUGUGGCAACUGAAUGAUCAGAAAAUAUACAUAUUGCAAAAUAUAUUUGCUAGUGCCUUUCAGAAUUUUAUGCAUAGUAUGUGAGAAAUAACAGCUUUUUACUUCUUAAUUAAAACUCAUUUUACAUGUAUAUUAAUGAUAAUGGAGCACUAAAUGUCCAGUAUAUAAGCUUAGAUCCUGUCUAUAAGUUAGAAUGAAGAGAGUUCAGUUUACCAGUGUAGACUGAGGACAUCAAAACAGUUUGUCCUCAAGCAGAGAAAGUGUCUGCAUAACAUUUUAUUUCUCACCUGUAGAUAAGAAGCAGGAGUAGUCACAUAGAGGCAGGUGGUGGUGGAACUUUGUACAGGAGAAUAAAUAAACCGUAUAUUCAUCUA